UUCGGCUUGGUUAGUUUUGGUUUGUUGGUUGGUUACUUACUCGGAUCUCUAGGGUUUGGUUAUGUUGAGGUUGAGAGCAAUAAUUAUCAUCCGUUAACAUAUUUACAGUGUUCUAUUCAUUUCAGAUUUAUAGACAAAACUCUUUUAUUCACAAUGAAAAUAAUGCUUCUUUUUUGUUUGCUAUCAAUUUUUGCACACACGAUAUCCUCUGAAGUCAUAAACCCAGAGAUCGUAAUUAGAAAUGUUGACCGGCAAAUUGACGUUUCUUCUCAAUUAGCAAAGAUUAUAUGUAAACUUACUGUUGAAAAUGCUGGGAAAUCUCCUGUCAAAAGUGUUUUGUAUGCUGUAGAGCCUCAGUUCAAGCAAUUGGUAUCGUUCAUUGGUGCUCAGCUCUCAGAUGCUUCGAAAACUCCAUUGAAAGUAAUUGCAACUCAAGUUCAAGACCAAGCCUCUAAAGGAUUCUGGGUCAUCCAGUUGAAGGAUAAUCUGCAGGCUGGGAAAACUGUUACUGUAGAAGUAGAAAGUGUUCUGACCCACGCUUUGGCUCCGUACCCAGCCACAAUAACUCAGAAAGAGAAGCAGCUUGUGUUGUACAAAGGGAAUCACUACUUCUACUCACCAUACAAAGUGGGCAAACAAACUACCACAGUAACAGUAGGCACACGCAACAUCGAAUCUUACUCCAAGCUUAACCCUGUGUCUCAGUCCGAUAACGGGUUUACAUAUGGGCCUUACACUGAUCAGAAACCUUUUGCUGAAGAUGAGAUGGUGCUGCAUUACGAGAACAACUUACCAUUCCUUGUAGUGACGAGACUGGAGCGUACCCUGGAGGUAUCUCAUUGGGGCAACAUCGCAGUAGAGGAGGUCGUAGAUGUAGUACACACUGGAGCCUCACUCAAGGGUCCCUUCUCCCGCUACGAGUACCAGCGAGAAGCUCAGAGCGGCAUCUCCAGCGUCAAGUCAUUCAAAACAGUACUACCAGCUGCUGCAACUGAUGUAUACUACAGAGAUGAGAUCGGCAAUAUUUCUACCUCUCACAUGCGAGUUCUCAGUGACUCAGUAGAGCUAGAUCUACGCCCUCGUUUCCCUCUCUUCGGGGGAUGGAAAACCCACUAUGUUCUGGGAUACAACGUUCCCAGCUACGAGUACCUCUUCUACCUAGGUGAUAACUACAAGUUGAAGAUGAGGCUGGUGGAUCAUGUGUUUGAUGAUAUGGUAGUGGAGGAACUCAUCACCAAGGUUAUACUGCCUGAGGGUAGUCAUAACCUUCAGCUGGAGACUCCCUACCCAGUACAGCGGCUCCCCGACUACCUCCACUACACCUACCUGGAUACCAAGGGCCGCCCCGUCGUCAGUGUCCGCAAGACCAAUGUCGUGGAGAACCACAUUCAAGACUUUGAGCUUAACUAUGUUUUCCCUCGAAUCCUCAUGCUUCAAGAGCCUCUUUUGGUGGUCGUAUUCUUCUACAUCCUGUUCAUCUUUGUCGUCAUCUACGUCAGAUUGGACUUCUCCAUUUCAAAAGAUGAAACAAGUGAAAACAAGAUGCGGGUCUCUGGACUAUGUGAUAAAAUCAUUCUUAUCCAGGAAAAGCGAAGGGCGAUUUACAGUUCCUUUAAUGAUCUCCUUCAAAAACUGAAGACCAACAAGGAAGUGCCUUCCUUCUUGAGUGCUGUGAAAGCCCUGAACCAAGAGCACAAAACAGAAACUGCUCACAUGACUGAACUUCUGGCAAAGCUGAAAGUGGAUGCUCCUGAACUUGCUGAGAGAGUUUCUGAACUGCAAAAGCUAGAUAAGCAAUUGAAGGAGUACCACACUCAGCAACAAACAUUUUAUACAGAAAAAGUCAUUCCAGGAAAAGUUGGAAGGAACCAAUUUGCAGAAGCUGAAAGUGCGAUCAAUAAGAAAAAAGAAGAGUGUUUUGACAAGAUUUGUCAGAUUUUAAAAACCUUGCAUUAAAUUUAAUUGAUGAAAGUGUUAGUCAUCGGGUUGACUUUAGAAACAAACUUUUUUAUUCAGCCUUGGAAUGCUGUUGUAUGGGUUAAGUAAGUUUUGAUCAAAUGGGUACUUUACAUUUAAAUGUGACUUUCCAUGAAUGUCCAUACGAGUAAAUGUUAUAUCCAUCACAUUGUAGUUUAACUGUUAUUUUGUUUCUUUUUUUAUGGGAUUUAAAAUGAUGUUUGUAAUUUAAAAUGUAUUAUUUUGUUAUUGUCAACAUAGAAAGGCAUAGAUUUCAUGACAGUACAUAUUCUGUGCAUCAGAACUGAAUGGUUUCAUUUUAAUGUAUGCCUCGUUGUACUGAAUAUCUUGUAGUCAAUUAGCCUCUUAACCCUUUGUGGUCGAAAGGUCACUACGUUUGGCCACGAGAUCCGUAACGUGACAAGUUGUAAUAUAUAUAUGAAUUGGUGUGCCCAUAAUUCGGCAGGGCCACUCAUAGUAGCGCCCCCUCCUUUCCUGGUUUGGCCGCUAUUAUUACUACUCUUGUUUACAAUAUAUUUUAUAAGUUAUUAUGACUAUUGUACAGUAUUAUGCAAAUUACCAGCUUUAUAUGAGUUUAGUGAUGCUAAUAUUUAAUAUUGAUUUCAAAGCUUAGUACUUAAAAUAAAAUAAUAUAAAGUAGUAUUGUAUAUAAAAACCGUUAAAAUAAAAUGCUGAUCUUCCUCUACACCUUCAACUCAAACAAAAUGGAAAGAUCAUCUUCGUCUACUUGAAUAAAUCCCGUAUAGUAUCGGAUGUUAGGACUCUACUUGAGGCCAUUUAAAAUCAUAAAUAUAAAUUUAUUACAAAUUAAAAGGCUUUAAAAAGGACAAUUGCACAUCACAAGCUGGCCUUCCCGAUCUAUAGGGAAGGAAAAGAGAACGAUAAAUACGACCGCAAAGGGUUAAGUAACUAUUUUUAGCAUCAUAGUUAGUGGUUAUAUUACUCUCUUUAGGUGGUUACUUUUUCCAUACUAGAAGUACUAUUUAAAAGCUGGUUUAAGUUAUUUAUGUACAAGUUAUAGUCCGUCUCAGUUCUCUAUUGUUAUAAAAAACAAUGUAAGAUAAUGUUCUGGCCAUUGCCACAUGUUAUUGUGAAAUUAAAAAGUAACUAUAGGUUGAGUUGAGAGCCUUAGUAACUUGAAGAAUUAUUGAGAAUUACACUAUUUUAACUUACCAAGGGUUCUUUUCUUUUUUAUUGUUUCUUCUAAAUAGAUGGAAGAGGAUUCAAUCUGUAUGUAUUCAUCUUCUGUUGUCUUCUUGACUUUGAUAAAUCCUUGCUAUCACUACUUGAUUUAUCAAUAUGUCUCUUAACAUUGCUACACCCUCUUCUGUACUUUCAUCUUUCACAGGAUUCACGUUGGCUAAGCAUCAUUCAACAGCCUGGCAAGGAAGAUGUAUGGACCUGUUUUCCAUCGCUCUCAAGUGUUGAUGUUGUACAGUGGCUGCGGUGCCAAAAUCCACAAACAUUACCUCAUACUCAGGAAUGUCUUCCUCUUCACCUAUGACACAAGCAAGGUGCCACAGCUUGGUGGCAGGUUCUUUGGCCAGUGCCAUCUUACCAAUCGGUGAAGAAAGGGCCAGUUUUUUAUACAACAUUACAUUCUGAGGACUAUUUAUCGCAUUCACAAGAUUUGUUAGUGUCUCCGGGUCAUUCUCAAAUUCAUCUUCAAGGGAAAUACCUUUUCACUCUGCCAGCUGGGCAAAGAAGGUAGUGAUGGUUUCCACUUGGGUGAUUUUUAACUUCACAAUUUCCCCAGCUUUUGGCAGAUAUAUCUGGGGAAAACUCUCAGCAUUAUACAUUUCUACUUGAUCUGUUGUUACACCAUCUGGAUUGAGCUUUGUGUGUUCUCUUGUACAGUUCUUGUGGCACAACCCUCUUCUAGCAUGGAACUUGGAUAUACGCUGUUCAUAUUUUGCGCUGUAGCCACUAACGGCUACACAAGCAUCUUCCAUGUUGAUUGCUGGAUUGUUACGUAUGCUUUCUAAGUCCUCCUUCAUAGGAUCAAAGCUAUCCCAUUCAUUGAAAUUUUCAAGUAACGGAUUAGGCACACUAGGAGAGUGCUGACAUCUUCAGUGGAGUGAAAGAGGUCACUGCUGGUUGAUGACACAUAAUCAGCAGAUUUUUUAGUCCAGGCCAAGCCACGAGCAACCAAUGCAUCAUGGAUUGUCACAGGACCAUCAUCAAAUAAAACCACUGAUAAGAAUGACUUGUUUUUCAUAUUAUUAUCAUGGGAUUCAACAACUUUGAUGGAAUACAAGCGAGCAUUUGUAGUGUACAGUUAAUUUGAAAUAGUCAAUUGCAUCUUUUGACCAUGGUUGUCCCUUGAUUAGUGGGUGGACCUUGGCAAGGUGACAUUCUUGGCUACAAAUGGAUAACUUUCCAAAUAUUUCGACUGAAUUCAUCUUAACUGUCAGUUAUGCCAAACUGUGUAAUGGUUCAAUACUAUCAGAACACUUACACUUCCAUAACAAUCUUCUCUUAACUUAAAAGGAUGUCACACGUUGCAAUGAUGCAAUAUUGUAGGCAAGGCUGAAAUUUAUCAUUAACGGAUGUGUUACUUUAAUAUUUAAAAGACCACAACAUUUGAACUCUAAGCUUGAAUAUCAAAGACUGAAUUGUCUGUGAAAGUAGCAGGAUAUGAUCUUCAUAAGUCACGAUUGUUAUUGCAUUAAACAGUAAAAUUUGAGGUAUACUCAGAUAUAUUUUAAUUUAUGGUAAAUAAAUACGUUAGCUGAACAAAUGAUGAAAUCGGUAAAAGGCUUUUUCAAUAGGUGACCAAAAUCAUUUCAAAACAGUUUGUAAAAUGUGUUAUACAAGAAUGGCUCGCGUUUUCGUUGUCAUGAAACUAUUUACUGAAUGUUAUGUGGACAUGGACGCCAGACAAAAGUAUUUAGUUCUCCCUUAAAUUUUACCACUUCUCAUCAGUCUUGUUUAGAAAAGGUCAACACACUUUACUCAGUGUCUUCAACACAAUUCAUGACAUUUUUUUGUGUUGUGUGUAUUAAAAACUCUAUGUAUAACUAGUCAAAUAAGAUGAGCCUUUUUUCUGCAGUACUGCAAUUCAGUUUUGCUUGAUUGGGCACCUAGUAGUGUCACUUGUAAUAAAAUAAAGUUUUUCAUUUUUA